AUGACUUACCUUUCGAUACUUAACCUCUCCAUUACUUCUAACCCCAAUCAUUCACUUGCGGUAACGAUUCGUAAAAAAUAUUCGACAAUGCCUUCGGAAUUGAGAAGCUUGUGGGCUCCUGCCCCUUCUACAAAGCUUUCGCAGUCAUGUAAACUGUCUACGGAUCGUAAUGGCGAACGAAUUGCUUAUGCUACAAAUAAAGCGAUCAUACUUAGAAGUAUAUCCAAUCCUGAAGAAAGCUAUCAAUAUAAUGAACAUACUGCUCCCACUAGUGUUGCUAAAUUCAGCCCAUCCGGAUUUUACGUAGCGUCUGGUGAUGUUCAUGGAAAUGUACGCGUCUGGGAUUGUGUCGGUGAAGACAAAAUCCUAAAAAACAACGUUGCAGCUAUUAGCGGUAGAAUAAACGAUAUUGAUUGGGAUGGUGACAGUCAAAGAAUCAUCGCAGUUGGCGAAGGGAAAGAACGAUACGGCCAUGCUUUCACAGCAGAUUCAGGAAACUCAGUUGGUGAAAUUUUUGGUCACUCUGCCACUGUCAACAGCGUUGCUAUGCGAAAGCAGCGCCCGCUUCGUGCUGCUACGGCCUCUGAUGAUAACUCCGUAAAUUUCUUUCAUGGAGUUCCCUAUCGAUACAAUACCAGCAUUCGCUGUCACGAUAAAUACGUUUAUGAUGUACGCUAUGCCCCUAACGAUGAAAAGUUUGCUUCUGUUGGCGCAGACGGAAAGAUCUUUUUAUUUGAUGGAAAAACCGGUGAGCAAAUUUUGGAAUUUAGUGCUCACAAAGGCACUAUUUUUUCUUUGUCGUGGUCACCGGAUUCGAAGAAGCUUGUAACAUCAUCUGCCGACCGAAGUGUAAAAGUUUGGAAUGCUGAUGAUGGCUCCUUGAUUCGUGAAUGGUCUUCUAUGAAGGAGCAACAAGUCGGUAACGUCUGGCCUUCUGAAAACUUAAUCAUAUCGGUUGAUGUGACGGGCGUCUUGAUUUAUCUGAAUCCUGCCAAGGACGAACCUGAACGAUUCGUCCACGGACACCAGCGUUCUAUCACAUCGUCUUUCUUUUCUUCAGACAGCAAAUCUUUGUAUACAGCUUCUUAUGAUGGAGUGGCUUUAGUCUGGGACAUCGAAUCUCAAAAUGGUUCUUCCAUACAAGGUGUCUCCCACAGUAACCAAGUCAUGGAUAUGACUAGACUUGGAGAUAAGGUCAUCUCUGUGGGAAUGGAUGAUACAUUGCGAGCUGUAGACAUCAAAGCAAAUUCUUUCAUUUCGGAAAGCGUAUAUACCACCGGUUAUCAGCCAGUGGGUGUAUGUGCUGUUGGCGAUUGUGUUGUCUUGUCCACCGUCUCAGACAUACAAGUACUUCGUGAUAUGAAUUGUGUUUCCACGGCUAAAACAAUCUAUCAACCAAGCUGUAUGGCAGCUCAUCCGUCGAAGCAAGAAUUCGCGGUUGGAGGAGAGGAUUCUUGCGUGUAUGUUCAUUCUUUUGAAAAGGACGAACUUUGCGAGAUUGCUCAAUUAAAAAACCAUACUUCCCCGAUUACUUCAAUGGCUUAUUCCCAUGACGGGAAAUACCUUGCCUGUGGUGAUGCUUCUGGUAAAGUCGUUCUUUACGAUGCUGAAACUCGACAAAUCAUCACUUCUCGCUGGGCUUUCCAUACUGGCCGGAUUUUGGGUAUGUCUUGGGACUCUAACUCAACACAUUUGGCAACCGCUUCUCUCGAUACAAAUGUUCAUGUUUACUCGGUGGAACGUCCUAUGAAGUAUGUUGCCGUAAAAAAUGCUCAUGCUUUAGGUGCUACACAAGUUCACUGGUUGUCGGAGGAUGAGAUUUUGAGUACCGGAAGCGAUGCAGCCAUCAAAACUUGGAAAAUUUCCUAUUAA